UUAAAUCAUUUCAGCAUAUGGGCCGUUUCUCUUUUGAAAGAAAGUCCAUUUUUUUAAAUUCAUUUUGGAAAUGUCUUCUGAGUUAGUUUCAUUUUUCACAACAGAUUUUUGGUUAAGAAGAACGAGAAUAUUUUAUCAGUGAACCCAGAAGACAUUUGGUAACCAAACAUACACUGACUCUCUACUCCUGCACUUCAAUAUAUUGCUCAAAAAUAUGGAAUCAUUGGACUUGCCUGCUACAGAUCCUGUUCAGAACAUCUCAUUUGGUUUCUUCAAUGACACCCUAGACUAUGAGGAUGAUGUUCCUACAAGCAUCUCCAAAGUCCUUAUGGCUGGACUCUACUGCAUGGUUUGCGUGUUGGGACUUGUUGGAAACUCAUUGGUGAUUGCCAUCAUUCUCCACUUGGACAAGAUGAAAACUGUGGCUAACAUUUAUAUCUUCAACCUGGCCGUGGCUGAUGGCUUGUUCAUGCUGGGGCUUCCCUUCCUGGCUCUACAGAUGUUCCUCAACCGCUGGAUAUUCGGCAGUUUCAUGUGCAAACUGGUCAUGAUCCUGGACGGGAUCAACCAGUUCACAAGUGUGUUCUGCUUGACUGUCAUGAGUGUUGAUAGGUACUUGGCCGUGGUCCAUCCCAUCAGAUUCUCCAAAUGGCGCUCUCCAAACGUGGCCAAGAUAGUCAGCAUCCUCCUGUGGUUCUUCUCCUUCCUGCCGGUGAUUCCCAUGGGCAUCUAUUCCAGAGUGGAGUUCAGUCUGUGCGUUUUUGUUCUACCAGCUCCCUACGAAACCUGGUCUGCUGCCUUUAUGAUCUACACCUUUGUGCUUGGAUUUGCUCUGCCCUUCACUGUAAUCUCGCUGUGCUACAUGUUACUGGUGGUCAGAUUGAGGACUGCCCUCAUAAACCCUUACACCAGGGAGGCACAUGUCUCAGAGAAAAGGGUCACCAAGAUGGUGGUCACAGUAGUGGUGGUUUUUGCCAUUUGUUGGCUGCCAUUUUACAUCAUGAAUUUCUGUUUUCUCCUGAUGCCAUUGGCUACGACUCUGUCCCUCACCAGGCUCUUUGAAUUUGUGGUUCUUCUCUCUUACUCAAACAGCUGCGCCAACCCCAUAUUAUAUGCAUGCCUCUCAACAAACUUCAGGAGGAGCUUCCAGAGGAUUCUGUGUCCCAAGAAGAGUGGCAGGAGCAUCCGGGAGCAAUCCAGUUUGGAUAACUACCAGCUCAAUGACCUUCCUGAAUCUCGAGUGACCUUAUCCAGCGGGGAAUAAGAAGAAGAGACCUUAGACAUCGACUGUAAUCACAGCAAACCUUAACAUGGCCUUCAGUGGAUAAAGGUUUGGUAACUAUCUACAGUAAGAUUUGAUACACACCUGAAGGAAAUGUUGAUGUUAUUUUCCAUGUGGUUUUAGACUAAAUUACAUUCUCAUGAUCCAUAAUUUAUUGAUUAAUUAUACUGUGUGCAGCUGUUCUGUGACUACAGACGAUUAAAGCUGAAGCUAUCACCAAACAUAAUUUCUAUAGGCGAUGUAACAUGCAUAGCUUAUGCAUCGAGCGAUUCUUGGAAAACGUUAGCAGAAAUGGCAGCUGCUGUCUUUAAGGUAAGAGGGAAGGACUUCAGAUACAAUGGGUUUGCUUCUAGGCUCUGGGGAAAACAUUGGAGAAAACAAAAGAUCCUAGAAAAUAAAAAAAGAACGCAUUUUUAAUCCCAAGAGCAAACACUCAAGUGCUGCUGAUUCUAUUAUGAGUGCAUAUUCAAGGGAGCACUUGGGUAAUGCCCUGUUUCUGGGACAGACCAGCUUUAAAAUCACUGUUACUAAUGAGUGCAAAACUCUAUGGACGCAGGGUGCUUUGAAGAUUGGUGUCAUUGAUCUGGCAACACACAAACCAUAUUGACAUAUGUAGGACGUUUGUAAGGAUUUAGAUUGAUUUGUUUUUUAGAUUUAAAAUAAUGUAUUGUAACUUGAUUGUGGUUUAAUGCUUUCCAUCGUAUAUAGAUGCUGUGGGGUGUGAGAGUGCAAACACAGUACUUUAAUGACAUAUGAAGCGACAAGGGCUGUGCAAGGAGGGAAAAUAUAUUUAGUAUGGAUAUGAAAAUUUGCAACCGGCAUUUUUCUAUUCAAAUUAAAUUAAAAUAAUACGCUCCUUGUGUAUAAUGCACAUCCUAUAUGCAACGCAUACUCUGUGUAUAACACGCAUGGCUCCAAAACCUAUAUAAAAUAUUAUUACUGGAAUGCACACAUUUUAAAUAACUCAUAAGCCAAUUAUAGAACACAGAAAUGUUACUAUUUGUGAAAGGGUACAUGUUGUAUUUAAAAAAGAAUAAUCAUAAGAUGGAGACGAAACCAGCAUGAAUCUUUUAGUACUUUUUUUUUCAAGCAAAGAAGCAUUCCAAUGCUGUACUUAUUGCUGUGUUAAUAAGACCAUUGUUCAUUUAUGACACAAGCUUCUUCUUGUAUCAGAUGAAGACAAAUGUAAAGAAAAUGUCCAUCUUAUUAUCUGCAAAAUUAAUUAACAGAAGUAC